CUCUUUUAUCUCUAAUUGUAUCAAGCCAUGCAGAACGUUUUGGUUUGAUGUGUCCAAGUAUGGAGAUACUGAUUGGCAGUGGUGCUUACGGCAUUGAAAUUUCAUUAAAAAACAGUAGUAGGAGUCCCAGAGGCCGUAAUUAAUCCUCAGACCAAACAUUUCAGUUGAUUAAAUUGUAAAAUGCUAAAAUCACUCAACAUAAACGACUGGAUUUAAGUUUUGGUGGGCCUGUUUAAGUUGCACUGGAGGACAUGCAUAUUUCACUGUGACAUAUUUCAGUUGAAAUGACAAUGACAGGUUCUGAUCGGGGGGGAGAUUAAAUUCCAAGUAGUUCACAUUCAGGUUCCCUCUUGAUUCCUGCCAGCCUCCCAACUGGAACAGCAUUCCUUUUUUUUUCAUCUAAGAGUGAAACAGCAGUUAACUGAAAUAUAACUGAUCAAAUGUCUUCAGCUAACGCUGGGUUUCAUUUUUGGCGACAUUAAUAGUUUGAUAAGCAUAUUGUUAAGAGAGGAAAAAAAAGCCCCACAAAGUAAAAGCCAAGAAAAACAAUGCACAAAAAAGCUGUUUUUUUUUUUCCAUUUAGUUCAGUGGAAAAAGUAUUUAUGACAGUCUGGCAGAUAAACAACUCUGGAAUGUAGCAUUUCACCAUUGCAGAAACCUGAAACUACUGAUUAAAACAACAGCACCCAUCUCCCCACUCUGUGAUUGUUAUGAAAAGCAACCCACCCACUCGAUCAACCUGCACAGCAGCAUCCAUGUGUGACACUGCAGUCUAACAAGGGGUGGAAUCUGUAAUGAGAGGGGGGGUGGGGGCUCAGGUUGUAGCGCCUUUACCUGUCUGCCCUUGUCAGGCAGAGACCCAGACGAGGAUCGACAUCACUCUGACAGCGCUGACGCAGUCGACCAGAGCAGGUUGAACAUAUCAGCAACAUGGCAGAAGAGGUUGACAGGAACAAGGUGUUUGAAACCACCAGGGUGAAGACUUCACUUAGGAACGAUGUCAGUUGGAUCCAGGGAUCAAAACAAGGAAAUAAAGAGCAAGACAGGUCAAGAGAGAAACUUCUUCUGUCUUGCAGGACGGGGCAGGCUGUGGAGACCAAACCCAGACAGAAUUCAUACGUCCUGCUCACAGCCAAGAAAUUUGACAAUUCAGCUAAUCAGGAAAAUUGUGAAGUUGUUCCUCCUCACAAUGAUGCUCAGCCUGAGGGGUCAACAGUGGAGACCACAGAUGAUGCCAGGUCCCAAGCAGUCACAGUGAAACCUAUACAAAACAGUGAGGCACAACCAGACACAUCUGUGGAGGACACAACUGCAGAAAACAAGGAGGAAAAUGCUGGUACAACAGUUGAGCUGUCAGAUGUAGAACAGAGUGAGCUGGCUGCUGAGGUCUCUGCAGAUGUUCAUGUAGAGGAACAAAUCCAAAAUGGCGAGGCACAACCAGACACAUCGGUGGUCGUGGAAACAACUGUAGAAAACAAGGAGGAAAAUACUGAUGCAAUCCAUGUAGAAGAACAUGUCCAAAAUGGGGAAGCAAAGGAAGAUCCAGAAUCAGUGUCGCCUGUGGAGCUGACAGAGCAACAACUUGUCAACGCAUCAUCAGAAAUCAAGGGAGAAUAUGCCAAUACAGCAGCUGAUGAGUCACAUGUAGGACAAAAUGAGGUAAAAGUCUCUGCAGAUGCUCACGUGGAAGAUGCGUUUGCAGAAACUUCAGCUGCAGCAGGCACAGGGGAGAAUAAAGACAGUGCUGCGGUCCCUGCUGUGCUGUUAGGCGAACCGAAAAUUGAAGACCAACCCUCAACCGAAACAGAGCCAUCAAAAGCAACAAAGGUGGAGGAUGGAGGAGAAGAAUCAACUGUAGAGCCUGCAGAGGGGAGUAGUGAGGCAUGUCCUCCAAAAGAGGCUGCAGGAGAAAUAGUUAAAGCUGAAUAUGUGGUUGUGGAGGAGUCACCACCUGACAAGAGUGAUGUGAUUAAUACAGUGUCAGGAGGAGAGGCUGUUCUUCAAGACAGUGUGGAAACAGUCCCUGACGUAGUGGCAAGUCCUGCAUCUGAAUCGCCCACUCAUCCUGCUGCUGAAGCCGCUACAGAGAGGAGCUGUGAGACAGGUCCCUCUGCGGAUACUGCUGAAGCUGCAGCUGAGGUUAAGGUGGAGUCACUGCCUGCGCCACUGGCUCCGGCCAACGCAGCGGGAGACGAAGCUGCUCCUGAAGACAUUGUGAAAGAAGUCCCUGACUUAGUGGCAGAUAUCGAAUCCAAAUCGCCCACUCAGCCCGCUGCUGAGGCCCCAGUCGAGUCUGUAGAGAGUCAGGUUGUGUCUGCCGCCUCAGCAGAGCCAGUUUUACAGACCAGAGCUGACGAGGUUGUUGAGUGUGAAGUCCAGCCUGUUCAGAGCGCCGUUGUGGAGCAAAGUGCCCAGCCAACGACUGAAAAUGCUCCAGAUCAGGUGGUGGAGUUGAGCAUCAUGGACGCGCUUGAGCCUGUGACAGCUCCAAAUGAUAAUUUCUCGUACGAUGCCAUGGAACUGACGGAUGCACUAGAUGUAGAUGUGAAGCCACCCGCCACUCCUGAACCUGCGAAAGAUCCAGAGCAAUCCCACACUGAGGAGAAGCAACCGAUCCAACAGCCUGAUCUUACCAACAUCUCUGAAAUGUCUCAAAAGUCCUUAGAGGAGCAGCGACCCACACGGACACUGAGUUUACCCAGGAAUACCAAGACUGUCUGUUCAUUCUGUGACAAAACCAUCAACGGAAACGUCAGGCUCAUAUUCAGCGAACCUGUCAUGGACUGCCACCCCGACUGUCUCAAGUGUGGUGUGUGCGCUAAGGCCCUGGGAGAUCUGCUGACCCCCAUGUUUCUGUGUAACCAAGUGAUCCAAUGUGAUGGCUGCUUUGCGAUAGCUCUCAAGACCUGAAGCCUAACUGGGACAAAUAUGUCAUCAGACAAGACCCAAGGCAUGCUGUGAUUAAUGUGUUGUUUGGACUGAGAAACCCCACCACUGUUGCCUUAACUCUGUAUUCUAUCUUUUGAGCCAAUUUCUGAAAGUUUUGUUUUUAGGACAUGUAGCGUAUUGCAGGGAUUAAGAAUUCUGUAGUGAAAAGGUUUGGCAGCAUAUUUUUAUUCAGUAACUGACAAAGAUGCUUCAGUGGAAUGAUAUUUUUUUUUUCGCUGUAUAUUGUUGAAAUAAAAUCACAUAUUCUUUCCUCAGA